AUGAGAGACGUAAAUCUCGGUUGCGCAACAUAUGAAAAUCUAACUCAAGAGCUUGAGAAGCGGUAUUUAAAUUCACACGGAGCAGUCAUAUAUGACCACGCACAUACUAAAUGGAAUUAUAGAUGCAAUCAUCCAGAAGUUAUAGAGGCUAUGUAUGCUCUUGGUUCUAUGUAUGAAAAAGAAAUGAGACUAGACGAGGCAAUUCAAUGUUAUAAAGAUGCAAUACAACGACAAAUAAAAAUAAAAUCUACUACACAGAAAUUACUGCUAGUACGGGGUCUUUUGGGAUUUGGAUCUGUUUUAAGCACUCAAAAAAAUUUACUGGAAAGUAAACGCGUAAUUUUCAGAGCCCUGGAAGUAGCGACGGAUUUCUUAGGCUCUGAUCAUCCGUAUGUGACAUCUAUAUUAAGUGUGUUUGGUCAGCUAUCUUAUAAACAAAAUAGCUAUCGAGAAGCCUUGACAUUCUAUAUAGAAGAUUUAGCAGUAACCUGUAAAAAAUUUGGCAUUAUUCAUCCGCGGACCGCAGGCAUACUCAAUAAUAUAGCUUUAGCAUAUGCCGAUUUACAAAAAGAUAGUGCAGAAGCGAUUUAUUCCGUUGUAUUGUCUAUCCUUGGGGAUUACUACGGCGACACUCCGAAUAUUCAUGCUGCCAUUGCUCGAUUUAACUUAGCAUGCUUUUAUCAAAGCACAAAUAUGCACCAGCGUGCCGAAUAUCAAUUUAGGACUGCCGCUAAUUUAUUCGACACUUUAUUAGGAAGUUCUCAUCCUCACACUGAAGAAGCCAUGCAGUUGUAUCAAGACUCUUGUGCAAUCUAA